UUCUUGUAGGAGAGUUCACUAUUACCCAAAUAUGAUUUAGCGUGAUAAACGUCUCAGGUUUGUUAUGAAUGAUCGAUAAAAAACCAGCUCAACAUAACACUGGCAUCUGAGAUUCUUCUGACUUGAAGUCACAGGAGGGGAGGGGCUGCUGUGAGAUCUAACAUUAACAAUCACUGCUGGUCCCUUGUUGCAGACGUACACCAAUAAACUGGGUGAAAAAGCUGAGGCACAAAAAGCAGGUGUGAACUAGCAUUAUUGUUGGUUGAGGAAACUAAGAACAAGACAAUGAGGUCACACUCACCUUUUCCCUGCACAUCUGCAACGUGUGUGUGUGCCCUAUAAUGGAACUCAGACAAGUUCAAUUCAAGAGCAGGAACUUUUGAUUACCUUGAAGUGAAAGAAUUGGGAGGUGUUGUGACGGUAUCAGAAUGUUUCUGAAUUUCAGGAGGGUUCGAAAAUUUCAUUUCCUACAGCUAAUUUCCAUGUGUUGUGUCCUCUCGACACUCAUGCUAUGCUGGGAGCAGGUGGAACAUCACGUUGUGGGCCAUGUGAAGGCCUACUCCUACCGUUACCUGAUCAACAGCUACGACUUCAUCAACAAGUCCUUCAGCGUGAGCCGUGAAGAGGCUACUAGUUUUGGUAGCUUUCCAUACCUCACAGACCACAAGGAGACAUGCAGAGAGAAGGACGUGCUGCUGCUUCUAUUUGUUAAAACCUCCCCGGAGAACUUUAACAGAAGGAAGGCAAUUCGCUCCACAUGGGGGAACCAGACUUACAUCAAGACGGAGCUGGGUGUCAAUGUGAAGGUGGUGUUUGUUAUGGGUGUCCACCCAGAUGAUCACAAACGAAGUGCCAUUCAGAAACAGCUCCGGGUUGAGGACAAGAUCCACAGAGACUUGCUGCAGCAAGAUUUUCUGGACACUUUCCACAACCUGACUGUGAAACUCCUGCUGCAAUUCCGCUGGGCGCACACCAACUGUGCCCAUGCUCGUUUUUUAAUGUCUGCUGAUGAUGACAUCUUCGUCCACAUGCCCAACCUGGUCCGCUCUCUCCAGGAGCUCAAUGCACAGGGUGCUGUGGAUCUCUGGAUGGGACACGUUCACCGUGGAGCACCUCCUGUUCGACGCAAGAACAGCAAAUACUAUAUGCCUAUCCAGACCUACCAAUGGUCCUCCUACCCAGACUACACAGCAGGAGCAGGUUAUGUAGUGUCUGAAGACGUAGCCGCCAAAAUUUACCAGGCCACUUUGUCUCUUAAUGCCUCUCUCCACAUCGAUGAUGUUUUCAUGGGCAUCUGCGCAAUCACUGUUGGGGUUUCACCCCAGGAACAUGUUUACUUCUCAGGUGAGGGGAAAGCCCCAUAUCAUCCAUGCAUUUAUGAAAAGAUGAUCACCUCUCAUGGACAUGUGGACGAUGUCAGCUAUCUUUGGAAGGCUGCGACUGCUCCAGAGGUAAAUGGCAUCUCUUCAGGUUUCUUUGGGAAACUAUACUGCACAGCUGUGAAAAUCAGGUUGCUCUGUUGGCCUUACUUUAAAAAGACCUAUUCCUGCAAAGCAGCGUUUUUAUGAAGGGCUUUGAUAUCCACUCAGUCAAUCAGUAUUUAAUUGUCCAUCUUAAUGUUAGGUAUUUUCCAUGUUCUAAAUAAAAUACCAAAGCCAUUUAUUGAAGCAUUGUUUACCUCUUUUUUGAGAGCUGGAAAUUUAAAUAGGCUCAUUAAACCUCAAUGUUUAGCUGAGCAUUUUGGGAACAUUUCUAAAAGCUGUUGAACUGACUGAGGAGCAGUGUGCUCUUAUACAAAUCCUCUUGAAGAUUCAGGUGGAUUUUAUUUCAUUUUUUUUUAAUAUGUUGGCUAAAAAUGAGCAUUGCUUCUUUUGUUUUGAUUAUGAUUGCUAUUUUGAAUUAAACAGACUGGAAACACA